AUGACGAGGACCUUCUUAGAAGAUCAACCUUUGACUUGUGUUCAUGUAGACUUUUCCGAUACUUUUGCUAGCUCUGCUGGUGCUGCGUAUCCAGAAGGUUGCCCUCCGACGGGUGCGUUUGGUGGUGCGUAUCCUCCAGAAGGUUGUCCUCCGGCAGGUGCGUUUGGUGGUGCGUAUCCUCCAGAAGGUUGUCCUCCGGCAGGUGCGUUUGGUGGUGCGUAUCCUCCAGAAGGUUGUCCUCCGCCAGGUGCGCAGCAUCCUCCAGGAGGUGGCAGACCUGAAGCAACAAAAAAUUGA